GCCUCUGCCAUGAAGAGGAUCUUUGGCCUCAGCCCUAAGGGCCAGGCACCCCCGAGCCCCGCAGGCCUGCGGAGGAGCAGCAGGGGUGCGCGGUACCGCGUCUUCGACAGGUCCGUGCGCAAGCUCCACAAGGCUGCGAGCGAGGGCGACGUGGCCCGGGUGCAGCAUCUCCUCCUCCUCGGGAAAAGUGGCCUGAACGACAGAGACGAGAAGCACAGGACUGCUCUGCAUUUCGCCUGUGCCUAUGGCCAUACAGGAGUGGUGACUCUUCUGGUAGAGAGGCGAUGUGACAUUGAUGCCUGUGACAAUGAAAACAACACUGCGCUGAUUAAGGCUGUGCAGUGCGACCAGGAAGAAUGUGCAGCCAUUCUUUUGGAACAUGGUGCAGAUCCAAAUGUGGCCAAUGCCAAGGGCAACACUGCUCUCCAUUGUGCGAUCUAUAGUGAAAGUGCAUCCAUAGCAGCGAAACUGCUUUCCCACAAUGCAGAUACUGAGGUGAAAAACAAGGAUGGCCUCACGCCGCUUUUGCUUGCUCUAAGGGAAAACAGACGGGAAGUGGCAGAACUAUUUCAAAAGAAAAAAGCGAGUAUUGCUGUGAUGGAUAAGCCGCAAAGACAAAUUUUUGAAUAUGAAGAAAAGAGACUUAAAAAUUCUGAAAAUAGCUAUCCAGUGGAUGAAAAUUCUGAAGAUGACUCUUUAACCAGGUCUUCCAACAAGUCUGGUCCUGAUGAUUCCUGGCCUACAUCAGAUGAUGAUGACUAUCUUUUUGAUAAUAAGAAUGCCCCAAAAAUGAACCUAACUGACCUAUGGACUGCUUCUCAGCAAUCCAGGAAAAAUGAAGCCAAAUACGGUAUUGCGGAAACAGGAAAUAGAACCUUGAUUGACAACAGUAUUUCUGAUACUAAAAACAAAGAUGUGGUUGAAACCCUUUUUAAAACAUCAGUCAAUGUCCAGGACUUUGCUCAAUCUUCUUCUUCAUCACCAUCAUCUGAACCAAAAGAAAAAGCAACUGGGCCAGCAAUUAGAAAAGAAGGAAAUGGUACUUUUGUUGUUGAAAGUGCUUCACAAGAGCAAACAAAUGACAAUGUGACCAAUGUUGAUGAAGAGCAGAAAAAUUAUAAAAGUGAUAUGAUGUUUGCACUGGGAUUAGGAGAAGAUGACGAAUCGCCUUGGGAUUCUGAGAGUAUCUCUGAGAAUCUUCCACAGAAGUCUGUUGAUCAUUUAUCUGGGGCUGCAGAUGAAAAAGGAAAACAUGCUGGCAGUAGACAAAUAGAAGAUGUGGUUUAUGUACCUUCUUGCAUGAGUGGAUCAAGAAACUUUAAGAUGGCUAAACUAGAGGAUUCAGGAAAUGUAGUCAUACCUGUAGCCCACAAGGCUUUGACAUCAUCCUCUCAGGGUCCUGACUUGCAGAGAUCACUUUUCCCCAUCAGUCAGCAUGUGCACAUUAAAUCACCUGAGAAACAUUUUCAUUUGAAGUCUGCCAUUGAAAUGAAGGAUUCUGUUCUGAAUGAAGCAGUAGGAGGGAAGGACAUACAAACAGUGAAAUCAGAAGAACCAGACUUCAAAGUGACAUCAAAGGAAGAGCAGAAAAGACUUGAUGGCUGUCAAAAUAGCCAGGACCAGGUUGAAGAAAAAAGGAAGCAAAUAAGUAAUAAAAUGGAAAUAUCAGAAAACCAGUAUGAUGCCUCUGUUGAUGAUGCUGAUAACAAUGGAUUAAUUCAACAGAGAAAGAAUGGAAGAGCUGAUCAUGAGCAGUUUCCUCUUAUGAAGAAUAUACAUGAUGAUGAGGCUGCCUUGCCUUGGAGGAAAGUACAGAAGAAUGAAAAUGAACAGGAGAGCUCCAUGGGAUCUGUGACUUCCCCACUGUGUGAGCAGGCCAGUUCCCUUUCCAUUGCUCUACCACACAUGAAGAGUGGCUGCGAGUUACAUGACACAGAUGAAGAUGCAGGAAGGUUCACAAGAAAAACAUCUAAUGAAAAGAAAAAGGUUGAAAAGAAGAUAAGUGCUGUGGAUGACCUUGAUGACUUAUCUCAGUCAUCUGAAACACCCUCAGAGGCUAAUGAGCUGCCUUACCCUAAGUAUGAGAAUAUUUUGCUGCUAUUUGAACAACUGAGAAUGGAGUGCAAAGAUUCUAUUAGCGUAUUAAAAAUCUGGGAUGCAAUACAUUCUUAUAAAACAGUAAUAGAACUUAAAAAAGAUCACGAUGAACUGCUUACAGGAAAAAUUAAAAAAUUGGAAAAUAAGUUGAGAGGACUAGAGAAGGAGCUAACAGAAACAAAAGAAUUGAAAUCACAGUUAGAACAUGAGAAAAUUCAACGAGAAAGAGAGCUUGGCAACUUAAGAUUUGCCUUAAAACAAGAACAGGAAAAGAGAAAAAAUGUUGAUCAGUUUUAUGAAAGAAUUAAAGAACAGUUAAGAAAAAAAGAAGAAGAAUAUUAUCAAGAAGUUGAAGCAAAACAACAACUUGAAAUUUCUCUCAGAACACAAGAUAUGGAAUUGAAGACGAUAAGGACUAAAUUGAAUCAGGUUUUAGAAGAACAAAAUGACACUCAGAGGCAACUUUCUCGGGAACAGAAUGCCAGAAUGUUGCAAGAAAAGAUUCUAGCAAAUCAACUCAGUGAACAAAAGGAAAUAGAAAUGGCAAAAGAGAAAAUGAGUCCUGAGGUUUCUGUUUGUCAUGAGGAAGAUCUAUUGCAUAAAAAUCAUAGGUUACAGGAUGAAAUCGCCAUGAUUAGACUAGAAAUAGAUGCAAUAAAAAAUCUGAGCCAGGAAAAAGAAAAGAAAUAUCUGGAAGAUAUUGAAAUUGCAAAUGAAAAGACUGGUGACCUCCAAAGGACAAUAAAACUGAAUGAGGAAACAUUUACAAAAACAAUAUUCCAAUAUAAUGGACAGCUUAAUAGUCUGACGGUAGAAAAUACAAUGCUAAAUUCUAAACUGGAAAAUGAAAAACAAAACAAGGAAAGACUGACAACAGAAAUUGAAUCAUACCGUUCCAGACUGGCUGCUGCUGUACAUGACUAUGAUGAAAGUCAGUCGACAAAAAGAGACCUAGAACUUGCUUUCCAGAGAGCAAGAGAUGAAUGGUUUCGUUUACAGGACAAGAUGAAUUGUGAUAUAACUAACCUAAAAGAUAACAAUGAAAUUCUUUCCCACCACCUUUCUAAAGCUGAAAGAAAAUUGAAUAGCCUAGAAAUUGAGCUCCAUCAUACAAGAGAUGCUCUUAGAGAAAAGACUUCACUUUUAGAACAGGUACAAAGAGACCUAAACCAAACACAGUGUCAAAUGAAAGAACUUAAACAUAUGUAUGAGGAUGAACAAGGAAAAGUGAGUAAAUACAUGGGAAAGCAGGAAUCUAUGGAGGAGAGAUUAUCUCAACUACAAAGUGAAAAUACGUUGCUUCAACAGCAGUUGGAUGAUGCUCACAACAAAGUUGACUGUAAAGAAAAGAGAGUAGUUAAUAUCCAAGACCAGUUUCAUGAUAUUGUAAAAACACUUCAAGGUGAGAGUGAAAAACAAAGCCUAAUGCUGGAAGACAGAAUUAAAGAGUUAAUCCAUGAGUGUAAUCAUUUAAAAGAAAGACUGUAUCAAUAUGAAAAGGAGAAAGAAGAAAGAGAAGUGGUUGUGAGACAACUUCAACAAGAACUGGCUGAUACCUUAAAAAAACAGUCUAUGUCAGAGGCUUCUCUGGAAGUUUCAUCUCGUUAUCGCAUUAAUUUAGAAGAAGAGACACAAGAGUUAAAGAAGAAAUUAGAUCAAACCAGAAGUCAACUGGAAGAAGUGCAGGAUCGACAUGCAGAAGCUGUGCGACAUGCUGAGAAGAUGCAAGAACGCCUACAAAAGUUUGAACUUGAGAAUUCCAGGUUAAAAGUUAAAAUAAAAAAGCAAGCAGGGAAAACUGAACAUCUUCAGAAAACCCUAUUAAGUGCAAAUUUGUCUGAAGAUGAUAAGGAACAGUUAAAGAAACUUACUGAUUUAAAACAAUCUCUAGAAUAUACUUUGGAUCAAGAAAAGAAGAAAAACAUUGAAUUAAAUAAAGAGCUAACUGGGUUUAAGAAGCUUUUUAAAAUGACAGAAACAAAGUUAAAUGAGCAGGAAAAUGGAGAGUUUUGUUUCCAUGGAGAUUUAAAAUCUAGUGACUAUGAAAUGAAUAUUCCAAUUAACACACUAAUUCACAAGAUCGAUGAUCUUGCAGCAAAACUGGAAACUACAUCUUCCAAAUGUCUACAUCUGGAUAAAAAUAAUCAGUUUCUAAACCAGGAGUUAUUAUCUAUGAAAAAUAUACAAAAGAAAUGUGAAACACUAGAGAAGAAUAAAAAGAAGUUGGAACAAGAAGUAGUAAACCUGAAAAGCUACAUAGAACAAAAUGUUGUAGAACAUGGCCACCUAGAACAGUAUAAGCAGGAGAUUGAAGAAAGAGCAAGACGAGAUUUAGUGGAAAAAUUAAAACAAGUCAAUUUAUUUUUACAGACACAAGCAGCAUCUCAAGAACAUUUAGAGCAGUUAAGAGAGAGUAAUAAUGCUUCAAUGAGAAAUCAAAUGGAACUCAGGAUUAAAGACCUGGAAUCAGAGCUCUGUAAAACAAAAACUCAAGAAGAUUCCAAUAAAAUACAACUGGAAAAAUAUAAGCAACUCUACAUAGAAGAAUUCAGAACUAGAAAAUCAUUGUCCAGUAGGCUAAACAAAGCUAAUGAGAAGCUAGAAGAAGCCAAUACCAAACUUCUGGUGGAGAAACAGCAAAGCAGAUCUUUGCUGAACACUGUUAGUACAAGACCUGUCCUAGAGUGUCCUUGUGUUGGAAAUUUUAAUCAUAGUUUGGGGCUACACAGGAGUUUUCUUCCCAGUGAAAACUUGGUGGUUUGUACUUUAAACCCACAGUCUUCAAACAACAGCAUAGAGAACUACCUCACCAAGAUGCGCCAAGAGUUGGAAAAUAGUAUAACUAGAGAACUAAGAGACGCUACUGCUGAAUUGGACGCCUUUAAUGUUCCUCCCAGAGGAUCUGCUAACAAAUCAAGUCAAGAUCUAAUUGCAGAAGCAACACAGGAAUAUAAAGAGAUCUUAAGGAGAAGAUACAUGAUCUGAAAUGAUAACAUUUUAUUUAUUGGACUUUGUAUAACAUUUUAAUUAUUUCUCCUAAGGUGUAAGACAUAAACGUUUUGUUGAAAGAAAAUUUAUAUAUUAUUUUGAACUACUUCUUGUCAUCUGUAACUUGUAAGUGGUAUUUGCAAGUAAAAGCUGGUAUUCCUAAGUUUUAUGUACUCAGACUUCCCAAAUGCCAGCUAUUUUAAAUCCACCCAAACAACUUGAGUUCUCAUUAAUACUUUGUUAGAAUAAAAUGUAAUUUUAGUGUUAUUUUGAAGAUUGUAUUUUCCCAAUGUUUAUUAUUCUCUAUAGACCUAAAAAUGUAGACAUCAUUUUAGUAUACUGGUGCUGUAUAAACACUAUAAUGUGUUGUAAGUGCCAGUAAACAUAAUUUUU